AUGAGCGAGGACACAAAGAAGCACAGCAUAGUUGGAGGAGCGUCUCUAAUGGCGAAACCCCACCUCGAAGAUCGAAAGCCACUCGUUCCGUCGCCACUUUCUGCAUCGGCUUCUCCGGCGCCACCCGCAACUAAGAAAGUCAUAAUCAAAAGCGCCGAUAUGCUCCCCGACAUGCAAAAAGAGGCCGUUGAUAUCGCCGUUCUGGCUUUUGAGAGACACAACGUAGAGAAAGAUGUUGCAGAGACUAUAAAGAAGGAGUUUGAUAAGAGGCACGGUCCUACUUGGCAUUGCAUCGUCGGUCGCAAUUUCGGUUCCUAUGUGACGCAUGAAACAAACCACUUUGUUUAUUUCUAUUUGGACCAGAAAGCGGUUUUGCUUUUCAAGUCUGGCUAG